UGCUCUAGCUGUCGUGGUGGAUCCUCCAGCGGUGUCUUUUACUUUCCUUAGUAACUUCUACACUCAGUGAGUUAUUUCAGACCCUCCUGCUGUUUCUGACAAUAAUCCCCAGUGUGACUGCAGAGCCUCAGAACUUUUCGGAGUUCAUGUUUUAUCUUUGAGAAUGAACGAACAGAGAAAUUGGAGCAGAUUGUGGAGGGGUACAUGACUCACAGAAUGACGUUCACACAGAAGUCAAGUUAAUGGAUAAGAGAGCCGUAGGAGACUAUGCCGAACGAUGACCCCUAACUAGAGCGGGUUCACCUCAACUGUACAUCAUCCUGACCAUCAGUCCCCAACUCACCUACCCCUGGGAUGGGGCCAUCAAUUCCAGGGACAGGCCCUUCAUCAUCCAUCACAGGCACGUAAGAGCUGUAAGAGUGGCGGUGAGAAGUCGGAGCUUUUAGACGAGUCCUUGAACGCAGCCUGAGCUCUAUUCGGGCAGUGGGAGGGCUUCCGGCGGGAGGUCAUCACAAACAUGGCGUGGAGAGGAUAUGUAAUGAAAUUGACCAAAUCAGAGUUGAUCAGAACCACUAACACGACUCCACGAAGCUACAGACUGAACCCACACAACCAACAGAGGUGCGGUUUCCGUCGGGAAGCCAAAAGGCCAGAUACGAAGAAAGAAAAUGUCAUCCAAGAAACCAAAGUUUCGCCCUCUGAGGCUAGUACACCAGCUCCUCCACCUCCUCCCAAAGCCCCCAGGCCAACACUGUUCAAACCGCUGAUGUUCACAGUUGGGUUUACAGGCUGCUCCUUUGGUGCAGCAGCAAUUCUGCAGUAUGAGACUCUGAAGGCAAGAGUUCAGACUGCAAAAGAUGAAGAGGAGUCAGAAAAACUGUUACAGGGGCCUCAGGACAUGAAGUACUGGCAUGACUGGUGGAAACAGCUGUCAGGCUUCCAGAAGCAGCUCAUCCUGCUCAUGUCCAUGGCAGAUGACUUCUGGAGCAGCCUCACAGAGGGACAGAGGACCGUCACCGGCAUCAUUGCAGUAAAUGCUGUCGUCCUGUGUUGCUGGCGGAUCCCUGCAAUGCAAAGAAGCAUGGUUAAGUACUUCACGUCCAACCCAGCCUCCAAAACACGGUACCUUCCGAUGGUGCUGUCCUCCUUCAGCCACUACUCCAUCAUCCACAUGGUGACCAACAUGUAUGUCCUGUGGACAUUCUCAUCAGGAAUUGUCUCUCUGUUAGGAAAGGAGCAGUUUCUUGCAGUCUACCUGUCUGCCGGUGUGAUUUCCACAAUGUUCAGCUACGUACAUAAAACUGGCACUGGACGUCUCGGUCCAACAUUAGGAGCGUCGGGUGCUGUCAUGGCCGUACUGGCUGCAGUCUGUGUGAAGGUGCCAGAGGCCAAACUAGGCAUAAUCUUCCUCCCCAUGAUCACUUUUACAGCAGGAAAUGCUCUGAUAGGACUCGUCGCCACAGAUUUAGUAGGGCUUUAUUUUGGAUGGCAGCUGCUUGACCAUGCAGCUCACCUUGGAGGAGCCCUCUUUGGAAUAUGGUAUGUGGAAUAUGGUCACAAACUGAUUUGGAGCAAGAGGCAGCCUCUUUUGAAGCUGUGGCACGACAUGCGUUCUCCUGGUGGAUCCAGGCCAGGAGGUGGGCCUGGGGUCAGUGGAGCUGGUGCUGGUGGUAGAGGACCUGGGCCACAAUGAGAAUAAAUAAGCUCUCUCUGAUCCUCAUUGAAAGAACUGGACUCUGCAGAUACCCAACAUAUGCAAGGACACUAUCUACCACAAAGGAGGAGUUGGGUUUUAUUGUUUAUUAAGAAAUAUAGUUUUUCAUUCAAGGUUAGUAAUAAGUAUAAGUGGAUUUAACGGAAGACAGAAACCUGAAAUUUGAGAAACAGGUGAUGUAAUCCAGAUGUUUAUUGUGUAGAAUGAUUACAUCUGCUGUCCUACAAGUGAUCCCUUCAAGCUCCCUUCAACACUAUGGUGUACGCUUGGGCAGAAAAAAAAACAGGUUUUGAUACAAUUCAGUGAACAAAUACUGAACUCAUAGUAAUAUGCAGUCAGUCAAUAGGCUGGUCUUAUGAUGCUAUUAAAACUGGAGUUUCAACAAUCUUUUUUUUUGUUUGUUUAAUGAAAGGGGGAUUUGUCCUCAUUGAAAUAAUAAUAAAAAUACCUCAUAUUUUUUUCUAGUGGGAACUUGAUUCUGUUUCUGUCAUAAAAAUGAUGCAUCAGUGUCAGUAAUUCAGAUAAAAUAAGAUAGAACAUUAUUAAUCCCGAAGGAAAUUCUGGUUCCAGAUUGCCCCAAAGACAAAAACAAUUACAAAAACAAUCACAGUAUAGGAUAGUAUAAGAAAAUCAAUGAACAAAAUAGGUAACAAUAUAAAAUAUAUAUAUAACUAUAUAAAAAGAAAGAAAACUGUUGGAGUAAAGUGAGUAGAGUACAGAUGAUAUGGCAGGAUGCAACUUAUAGAUAUAUUGCACAUGAUAAUGACCAUAAUAUGGUGGUGUUGAAAAUGGUAUUGCACAUGAUCUUAAUAAUAUUCAGUGCGAUGUAUUAGCUUUCGGAGUUUUACAGUUUGAUGGCCACAGGUAGAAAAGACCUCCUGUGGCGUUCUGCUGUGAUUUUUAGUAACCUCAUUCUACGGCUGAGGGUGCUCUUGUAGGACUCCAGAGUGACGUGCAGGGGGUGAGUGGUGUUGUUAAUGUUGCUGAGCAGUUUCCUUAGCAUCCUCCUCUCUGACACCUCCACAAAAGACUCCAGUUCAACUUAUUCAGUUGAAA